AUGAAGAGCGUCAAGUCUCGAGAUGUUCAGUACAUCUUUGAGAAGCACGUCGGCCCGAUUGAGAAGUGUGUGUUGACUGACUGCGUGGCUUCGAUCCAAUUCACGAUGCCGGAUCACGCAAGAACGGCGGUGGAACGCUACGACGGAGGUAUUCUGGAGAUAAGCACAGACAAGAAGAGGAGCGACGAUACUUUAAUCUCGCUUGCCGUCUCGCCAUGGGCUCACGAUGGACUUGCCCUUAGAUCAAAGCUCGAAGAGCCCAUGCCUCAGCCAGUCUUUUUGGGGAUUUGUCUAGCGUAUUUAGUCUUUCGAUAUAUAGAAAUAAGUCUUUAUAUAGAUACAUAUGUACAUAUUUACACAUACACGCAUGUACAUACACAUACCUGUAAAUAG